AUGAUUGUCCCACGCCUAUCUGCUAGAUACAUGUCUAGUGGUCCGAUUAAAAGUUCACUAAUGCUUAGCCGCAUUCCAAUUGUUACUCGAGCUUUGAAUCCUUUUGAAAAAGAGUACUUUAACUACCAGGCUGAACUUGAGAGAAGAUUGAUGAGAACUUUCCCGCAAUACUACUAUUUUAAGAAAGGAACACUUGCAGAGAGAAAGUUUCUAGAUAUACAGAAUGGUGUCAUCUCAAAACAGCCCAAUGUAUGGUAUCCAAAAGGUAUUCCAGAUGUUAAACAUGGAAGAGAUAGGCGAUUCAAACAAAAUAUCCUUAUUCCUGGUGAAGAAGCCAACAAAAAUGACGAAAAGAAUUUGUCCAGGCCCAUUGAAGUUAAUGCAAGAGUUACUGAAGCGGACAAAACUAAUAACAUGUCUUCUUUGAACAGAAAGUUAAGCCAUACAUUAUACUUAAUAGUCAAAGAAAAGGAUCAGUGGAAGUUUCCCUCAUUUAACCUUGAAAGCCAAUCGCUACAUACCGCGGCAGAGAAGGGUCUGGUAGAUCUGGGUGGAAAUCAAAUUAAAAUCUGGACAGUCUCCAAUACGCCGGCUGCAGUAAUAAAGUAUUGCGAAGGUGAAUUAGUGGCACCAACUUACGAAAGUCCUGAUGAACGCAUUGAACGCCACUAUAUUAUAAAGAGUCACAUAGUUGCCGGCUCUUUUCAACCCAUGAAUAUUGAGUAUAAGUGGGUGACCAACGAUGAAGCUGCCAGUUUCUUUGAUAAUUCCUACUUUCAACAAGUGCGUCAUCUUCUGGCAAACUUUUAG